CCUCCCCUUAAAAACACACAAGAAGCUUUCAUAGAGAGAGAGAGAAGAGCCUUAGAGGUUCCGACGAGGCAGAGAGGUUUCUUCAGCUGCUGUGGAAAGGUUUCUUUCGACAAGAAAAGAAAAGUUUCUGCAGCAGUUAGCUUCUUCCUUCCUUGUUCCUCCUAAGUCUCUCAAUUUGAAUCGCAAUGGCUCGUUCUUUCUCAAACGCAAAGGUUCUUUCUGCUUUCAUCACCAAAGCAAUCAACAGGCGAGGAUUUUCAGCGGCUGCUGCUGCACCACAAGGAGUUGUGUCCAGAGGAGGAGCUUCCAUGGUCAAGAAAACUGCGGAGGAGAAGAUUGGAUCCGCCGAGAAGGUCGCAUGGAUUCCAGACCCCCGUACCGGAUGCUAUAGACCAGAGAAUUUAGCGGAGGAGAUUGAUGCGGCCGAGCUAAGAGCUAUGCUGUUGAAGAAGAAUUGAACUAAGAAACAAAUAAAGUCUUUUUCUUGGUUUAUAGACCUUGUAUAAAGAAACAAGAAGGGAUGGAUAUCUCAAGAAUUGGCUGCUGAUCUUUGCGUGUGUUUUGUUUUGUGUCUUUGCUGUGGCUCCUCUGUCCUCUCUGCUUAGGACAAGAAGAAUUUUUACCUUUUAAUUCUUCUUUCACAUUAAUUUUAAUUUAGUGCAUAUGGUUCAUUUUUAUAAGCAAAACUACCAAGAUUAUUUAGUUGA